AAUAAAUGCCCAUAGUUUUGACAUUAUUGCUUCUUUCCCCUAGAGAUGCAUUUAUUUGCAAAACAUUACUUUUAUUUUACCUUUUUAGAUGGCCAAUGUAUGCUGGUGGUUUUUCUUCUCUAAAGUAAUUGAGCUUAGUGAUUCAAAAUAUAUACUCCCACUGUGGACAUGCAGUUCAAAGAGAGACACUUUCUCUCUCAUUCUCUGCAUUCAGGUCUUUUUCAUCUUGAGGAAGAAGAAUAAUCAGCUCACAUUUCUGCAUGUGUAUCAUCAUGGAACAGUGAUCUUCAACUGGUGGACAGGAGUUAAAUAUGUGGCAGGAGGUCAACCAUUUUUCAUCGGGCUGCUGAACACAUUUGUUCAUAUUGUCAUGCAUUCUUACUCUGGCCUUGCAGCCUUAGGCCCACACAUGCAGAAAUAUCUGUGGUGGAAGCAUUACCUGACCACACUUCAGCUGAUCCAGUUUGUCUUGCGGACUAUUCACACUGGCUUCAACCUCUUCACUGAGUGUGACUUCCCUGACUCCAUGAACUCUGUUGUGUUUGCAUACUGCAUCAGCCUCAUUGUGCUGUUCAGCAACUUUUUCUACCAGAGCUUCAUAACCAGAAAGAGCAAGAAGUCUUAACUGUCUGUGUCGGUGCACAUGCUGAGCACCAAAGAGAAGAUUCUCCCAUUGUUCAUGUCAGAGUGAGGUCAUAGGUGAUUAAUCGACUAGUAUUGUUCCAUCAGUGUUCACUUUGCAAUCCUACCUCAGUUUGAAACAGAUACUGCAUAUUUUGUCACCAGGACUAAAAAGAUUUGUUAAAACAGUUGGACUCAUAUUAGAGGUCUUAUUCUGGUUAUUCUGGGUAUUUCUAGAACUUUUCCAAUGUCUUGCAUGCUGUUGUUCUUUUAGGUGUUUUGGAGCUGUGUAACAUUUUCAGCUUUAUGUUAUCAACCAAUAUUAUUUUUAUGUAAAUAAAAUGUGAAUCUCAUUUUUAAGGAUGGAACAUCAUUUUUAUUGUCUCAAUUCUGUGAAUGUUUAAAUCCACAGUAUUUAUAGCUGUUGUCAUUACAGUUGCAGCCUGAACUGCACUAGAUGGCAGUAUCUAGUUGAUUAUUUCUAUGGCUGCAUCGGAAGAUGUUCUUGUGUGGGUUUUCUCGCGAUAUUACUGCAACGCUGCAAACCCAGGAAUGGGUUUCUACAGAGAUCACUGGCACAAGCGCCAUAAAACUGGAGGGAAAAGGAAACCCUACCAUAAGAAAAGAAAGUAUGAACUUGGUCGCCCUCUUGCAAACACAAAGGUGUGAGACUUUACGCUUUACUUCAGUGCAUAUGGUAAUCUAAAAAUAAUCCUAAAGAUACAUACUGUAUGAAAUACCUGUGUGCGUCAUAUUAUAUGAAUUUCUUUUGCAGACUACGGAGACAAUCUACAUGGCAAAACGGAAUUAUGUUGUUAAUAAAGAUUAAUGAACUAAUUAAUCAAUUAAUUUUAAGGUCGGACCCCGCCGCAUUCUCACAGUGCGUGUGCGGGAGGUAAUAUGAAAUACUCCCGUGCAGAGACUGGACUGCCGGACCUUUUCCUGGAGCUCUGAGUUGUACUCAUAAGACCAGGAUCAUUGAUGUUGUAUACAAUGCCUCCAAUAAUGAGCUAGUGAGAACCAAGACCCUGGUAAAAAACUGCAUUGUUCUGAAAGACAGCACACCCUACAGGCAGUGGUUUUAGGCCCAUUAUGCUAUUCCUCUAGGCCGCAAGAAAGGGGCAAAGCUGGUAGGCUUUUAUUUUGAGUCUCAAAAUAUGAGUCUGUUGUUAGAUAUUCAGUUGUUUUUUUUUUCCCUCAAACUGUAAGCCUAUGAUUAUCUGAUGCAUAUUGCUCACAAACAUGGCAAGAGCUUCUGCAAUUUCCAAGAGUCAGGGUGCACAGGCCUUCAGGAGCUUGCUGUAAAAUAAAGUCAUGCAUGCUAGGUACCAGUUUGCUUCAAUGAGCACUUUGGAGGAAGAAUUAGUCACGGGAUUUGCCUAUGAAAUCUUAUAAUAUUUAAGAGUUUUGUUUAAGGAGGUUCAAUUGUGCUGAAGUUUUUAUCUACAUAAAUAGAUCAUAUUGCAUCUUAAUGAGUUGCCUCUAUGCAUCAUCAUCUCUCAGACUCCUGAAGAGGAAGAGAUCCUGUGAAUAAGAAGCGGUCAAAGAGGAUUCAAAAGAAGAUUGAUGAAUGCAGGAAGAAAAGCAAGAUUAGUAGUUUGCUGGAGGAGCAAGCUGUUCUCCUGUAUUGCGUCCAGGCCUGGGCAGUGUAGUAGGGCAAACUGAUACAUCUUGGAAGGGAAAGAGCUGGAGUUCUAUCUUUGGAAAAUCAAAGCCAAGAAAGGCAAAUAGACUUAAGCAAUUUCACCAGGGCUCUACAGUGCAAGUACAGUACAAGUUAAAAUUUGCCUUUUGUGUAUAAAUGUAAAUUAUUUGAGCACAUUUGGUGCAUCAGUCAAAACUCGUAAACAUGAUAUAUGGUACCAUUAGAAUGCAAACUAUUCCCUUUUCGGCUAACCUUAUACUGAAAUUAUGUUUCACACUGCAAUUGGCCUUUUUUUAACUGAAAUAUUUAAUGAAAGCAUGAAAUUAUGAUUAAUGCUAUAGCUCUUGAAUUCUGUAGUUCAGUUUUUCUAUGCCUGUUUGUACACAUGUUUUUUUGUAAAAAAUAGAAAUGUUGCAAUGUUUAACAAAAACUUUAACUGUGCCCCUAAACUUAAAGGCACAAGUGCUUUUAAAAAUGUAAGCAUAAAUCCCUGAUUACAUUAAACAAAAUUAUAUAAAAAUAAAAAUCUCAGUCUUUUAGACUGCUGCACUUGC